UCUUUUUGCGCAGUCCGAUUUGACCUUAAAUUGUUUAGUUCUUCAUGCCUUGCUUCAGUUAGUACCAGGUAAUGCCUCUCUGCUUCAUCAUUCGUUGAACAAGCGUGCACUGGGAAAGUGGGCACUUCUAGCAGUCGAGUUUCCCGCCGCUGGAAGCUUCUAUUUCCUUUUACAAAUUUCGACAUCAUUCUCCUGUGGUAUAUUCACAGUAACCAGUGUUAAGAUGUCUAGUAAUAGCGAUCCCGAGAAGGCCAUGGAAGUCGUGGAUGAUGACCACGAAGACAUUGAGGAUGAAGACGACGACGAUGAGCAAUCUCAGGAUAAAGUAACUGCCCAACUCCUGAAGAAUCCGGCCGUAAUGGCCGCUCUACAAGGCAAACUGAACUCCAUGGUGGGCACACCUUCAGGUUAUAUUGAGUCCUUGCCUGCACCGGUGAAACGGCGUCUCAAAGCUCUGAAGAAGAUCCAAUUCGAAACGACCAAAAUCGAAGCCAAGUUUUAUGAAGAAAUCCACCAGCUCGAGUGCAAAUAUCACAAUCUGUACUCCCCCUUUUAUGAAAAACGCAGCCAAAUUACCAAGGGAAGCCACGAACCUACUGAUGAGGAAUGCGAAUGGCCCAGUGACGACGAAGACGACGAAGAGCUGUCUGAAGAAAUGAAAGCUAAAGCCAAGUUGGAAAACGAGAAGGCUAACGGUGAAAAAGAAGAGAAGGACGUCAAAGGGGUGCCAGAGUUUUGGCUGACCAUAUUUAAGAAUGUAGACAUGCUUCAAGAGAUGGUACAAGAUCAUGAUGAACCCGCCCUAAAGUCACUAAAAGAUAUAACCGUGACCUUUGCUGAAAAACCUAUGGGAUUUACCCUUCACUUUCAUUUCGCUACCAACGAUUUUUUCUCUGACUCCGUUCUGACCAAAGAGUACUUCAUGAAAUGUGAGCCAAGCGAAGACGAUCCAUUUAGCUUCGAAGGUCCAGAGAUCGUCAAGUGCAAAGGUUGUCCCAUUAAUUGGAAGCAAGGCAAGAAUCUCACAGUCAAAACCGUCAAGACAAAGCAGAAACACAAAUCCAAGGGAUCCGUCCGCACCAUAACCAAAACUGUGAAGAACGAUAGUUUCUUUAAUUUCUUUGACCCCCCCGCAUGUGAAGAGAAUGAGGAAGACAUGGACCCCAUGACACAAGAUCUUCUAACCGCUGAUUUCGAAAUCGGGCACUACGUGCGUGAACGAAUCAUUCCCCGAGCCGUUCUUUUCUUCACUGGUGAAGCGCUCGAAGAUGAUUUUGACGAAGAUGAAGAAGAUUCUGGUGACGAGGAAGGUGAAGAGGAAGAGGACGAUCCUGACUUUGUUCCUGGAAAGGGUGGUAAAGGAAAAGAUGCGCAAGAAUGUAAGCAACAGUGAGCAAUCUAUUUCGGCUCCUAAUACCUACGAGUCCAGCACGAUGCCAUUCAUUGCCUUGCCCCCGGCCAUUGGAAACUACUUGGCUAUCAUGAAAUCUUGGCUAUCUUGCAUCGGCAUUUAUUGUACCUCAACAUCCUGGUCGAUACCAUUGUAUCUUACUCUUUGUUCCUUGCCAAUGUGUCACUCAACUAUAUAGAGACAUUUCUUUUUUUCCAAAUAUAUGAAUUCAAGAUAGAA